CCGUAAUACUACAAUGACAAUUAAAAAAAGGCCUGAAAGGCCAUCCUGUCCAGAUUCGACAGGUAACUGAAUUGGUUGGCCUUUGAAAAAAAAUAAAAAUUUAUCAUAAGGAGGGCGGGAAUCCGCCCGAGGGGGCUGGGCCCGUUACCCAGUUUAGGCUCAGUGCUGGAAACGGGGUCCAGCGUCCCAUAUGUCUGCAAACUCGAAAGGAGAGUUGGACCAAACAAAAGCGCAAACAGAAAGAAAGCCUGGAAUCUAGCUACUGGGCCUGCUGGAUGUUAUCCAGCUUCGCAUUGUCAGCUCAUCCGAUCAACAAUCUGAAACAAAAGGUGGAUCCAUUCCAAGCCUAAGUAGUCUUACUAGUUAGCCAUGAAGAAAGAACUCGUUUCCCAGUAGGACCUGGCUUAAACCGCUCGUACACGGCCCCAGCCUUGCUGAAAAGAAAUUCGUUGCCUACGAGAUGCCAUCCGAAAAAGACGGCUCAGGCACACCGUCUGUUAAAAAAUACAAGUGGACCCGCCGCGGCAGAGGAAUAGGGUCGGGGCGCAGAAGCGGAGGGGAGGCGAAAGGGAAAAGAAGCAGUAGUAAGCAGCAAGCGGAGGGGAGGCGAAAGGGAAAAGAAGCAGUAGUAAGCAGCGGAGGGCGAACAUGAUUUUUUGUUUUACAUAUGAUCCGAUAAUGACAACCAUGCAUAUCCUUCCCAUCUCUCUCUCUCUCUCUCUCUCUCUCUCUCUCUCUCUCUCUCUCUCUCUCUCUGUGUGUGUGUGUGUGUGUGUGUGCGUCGUGUACUUCACCACAUACAAUGCCACACACAUUUAUUCAUUUGGCACUCAAAAGUGAUGUCGCACUGGAAAGACAGUUUGUCGUGUUUGCGUUGGCAGAGUGCCUUGAGGUUGGAGGUGUGUCUCUGAAGGCUGUUCAUAGCAUGUGUGCCCUGUCGUCUUCGAGUUUGGAUGCAUUGCUGUGAUCUUGUGGAGUGUCUUGAGCUUGGAGACACAGCCUGUCACCUUUGCGGAGUGCCUUGAGCUUGGAGAUGUGUGACAGCAUUCCGAAUGAGAUCUGCUGUGCAUGUUGGAAAUGCAGGGAGUAGCCGCUGGGCAAUUGGCUGUACUUCUUGUUUUUAAUUUUUAUACCUUUAAUUGAUGUAUAAUGAUUUCUCAGGUAAAGAAAACCCCAUGCUCUCUGGGGGGGACAAGGAUAGAACCGAAAACCCUUCAUUUAAAAACAACGGGAUGGACAGUAUCACAGAAAAAAGAAGGAAAAAAAAGAGGAGGGUAGCCCACCGUAUGCACUUGAAUAGAAGGCCCAGUCAUCAUGGCUGUAUGCAGACUGUAUUCGGGUGAAGACAGUAGUGCGAGGCACAGGGCCUGGAUAUGCCCUACAGGGCCUAUUUUUCACACAGUCGGCUGCCUUAAGUGAAGGCAGGCACGGCCGAGGCCUACAGGCCAUUUUGGGGUCACCACGCAACUGGGGAAAUUCAGGCAGCUGCGCAGCGCCACUUGGUUGGAAGCGCCCAGGCUCAGGCAGCCUUUCAUUGCAUGUAACUGAGGCAGGCCCUGGGCCGGAUACACAAAGUGGACCCAAAAAAGGCUGAGGGCAGUUGGGUGCUGGUAACCACCACAGGCCCUGGGCCUGUUUACUUCGGACUGAGGCUCAGGCUCGUGGGGCCUACCGGAAGCUUCUGGGCCAGGGCCCAGUACCGCAUUACCGCAUGCAGCAAGAGGCCACUUCGAUAUAGAGAAGGGCCUGCCUACGCAUUGGAUAUUCGGGCACUGGCUGCAUGCUGCGCAAGCGCUGCUGUGCUAACGCUGGCCAGGCUCAUGCGCUCACGGGCGAGCUGGUAGCCAUAGCCGAGCUGCGCUGCUGUAUGCUGGAUGGGGCUCAUGGUGGUCCUUGGGUGCAAGUGGCAUCUGUGAGUUGGGGGACGAGGUUUGAGAACACCGGAAAAUCCACCGAAACAUUGGAGCUUUCCGGAGGAGGGGGGCGAGUACGUGACAUGGACAGGCGGCGUUGCUCGCAGGAGGCAGCCUUUCAAGAGCAGUAUGGCGAGACAGAGCAUCGAAACCGGUCGGAGGGUGUGCGGGGCUUACAACCUGCCCCUCCACCAGCACACCUGUCCAUGUUAAGCCAGGAUGCGGACAGGUACGGAGUUCCCCCUUCGUUUCCUUCCCAAGUCGCCUCGCUGCCGCAGUGGCGAAAUGAUCCACCAGGCCUGCGUGAAAUGCGGUGCGCGAGCCAGCUGCCUUUCCAGCAGUCGGCGAUGGCCGCUGCUUACGACGGACAGCAGAUGCUGGGGUCCCCUCAACCCCGCGCGACGUCCUCUCCUUUCAGCGGUUUCGCAGCUAGAUCGGUGCCUCCUCCGGGAUUCACAGCAACGUUGCUAGGGGAAGACGACGACGUGGAGUGCGGCAUCGACGGGAGCGGGGCGGGGUUUGGGGUGACCGGUGAUCGCCGAGCAGAUCAUGAGCGGGAGSAYGRCAACGCUGCAAAGGGGAGGUGUGGUGACGCAAGUCACGAAUUUGGAUGCUAUGAACAAUGCGGCGGGGGACAUGUGCCGACUGUUGACACUUCCAAUCCUUCUCGACCAGCGGCGGAGAGAAGUGGCCAUGCAACGCCCGCGCAGGGGCAGCGGGCAGAUGCUAGCAAUGUGCCUGACGCGGCGGUGCUCCAACAACCAUCUCCAUUUGCCCCCACCACAGGAGCCGGGGCAGGCAUAGGGCCGACUGGCCGCAGACGUGGCCGUCCUCCAGCUGCAACGUCCACGUCAGCACAGGCCGGAGGCUGCGCGGAUGGAAGCAUUGUCAUGCAGGGCACGGAUGCAGGAGGCGUUCGUGGCAGGGCAGGUGCGCAAGCUCCUCCCACACAAAAAAAAGUUCAAUGGUCGCUAGAAGAGUGCUUGGCUCUUGCUAGGAUCCAGCGCGAAGACGACGCUCUUAUGGCGGAUGCGUCGAGUGUGCACAAGCUGAAGAAGCAUGGGGAAAGAUGGGAGUGGAUUGCCCGUCGGAUGAGGGAUGAAGGGUGGAAUUGAUCUGCGGAAGACUGCCAGAAGAAGUGGUUCGCGUUGGGGCAGAAGUUGAAGGUGCUCGCAGACAAGGUGGGUCGGUCUGGGAAGUCAGGAUACUUCGACAUGACAGUAGAAGAGAGGGAGGCGGAGGGGCUGUACGCCAACUUCGAUCGGAGGUUGUGGGCGGAGAUGGACUGGAUUCUGCAAAAGCCGU